AUGGACGAUACAGAAAAGGCAUUCUUGCAAAUAAAAUUACGUUCCGAAGACGGGAAUUGCACUAGAUUUCUUUGGUUGAAGGAUAUAAACAAGGAUAAAAUCUACAAUGGUAUCAUUCCAUUUGGAAUUAUAUCAUCUCGCUUUUUAUUAUCAGCUACUAUUAAUUAUCAUCUGGAAGCCAAUGGUAGUGAAAUAGCUUUAAAAAAGAGAACCAUUCUUCAAUUUAUUGCUUCACAACAUGACCCCAUAGGAUUUCUAGUUCCGGAUCAAAUUAUAAGUUAUGAAGAUCAACAAGCUUGGAAAUCUCUUGUUAACGACAAGACGACAUAUAGUACACUUGCCUCGAUUUAUAACCAAUCUUACAAAUGCUUCGCAUAUGGCAUACAGCAAUAUACACCUUUAGAGAAGGAAUGCGCAACAAGAACCGUUGAACCAUUUUUAGUUUAUGCCAAAUUCUGUACUGUAGCCAUAAAAGGAAUGACCAUGCCACGAUUAGAAUUGCUUGAUUCUCAUCGGAGCACGAGCAGGACAAUUUGUACUAAAUCAAUUUGA